CAAACUAUUCCUUUCCUUUAUUCAAUAUUUCUUCUGUUUUUUAAAAGACUACCACACAUACCGCUGCCUGUCAUGGCAACUCAAGUGAGUGAAACGGUUGAGCUCGAGCAGUACAGGCAGAGGCAGUCGUCGUCGCCCACGCCGGCACAAACUCCAAAAACACCAAAUCAUCCUACAGGAUUGCCAUCGUCAGCAAACACUUCGUACUUUGACCCUGCUGAUCCAGACAAUGUCGUACUGGCCUCAUUGCUAGCAGAUUCGCAAGUUCCCGAUGGUGGCUAUGGCUGGGUCGUUGUCUUUGCCUGCAGCGUACUCUGCUUUUGGUUCGUAGGGACUACAUAUAGCUGGGGUGUUAUUCAAGCUGCUCUAGUGGAGCAGAAUCUCUCGAGCCCGGCCACAUUGUCAUUUGUGGGAAGUUUGACGUGUGCCUGCAAUUCCUUGUUUGCCUUGUUGAAUGCUAGGAUAAUUAGGUGGGCAGGCGCGAGAAAUACUGCCCUGGCUGGCAUCGUGCUAUUUGGAGGUGGGCAGAUCCUAAGUGGCUUUACAGCGCAUAGCGUGCCAGGCCUGUUCAUUACUAUGGGGGUGAUCAUGGGCAUGGGUGUGAGCAAUCUUUUCAUGGUGGUUUCCGUGACACCUGCUCAGUACUUCAAUAAAAAGCGCGGUAUCGCCAAUGGCAUUGUCUACGCCGGCGGUGGUCUCGGCGGCACUGCCAUCAGCUUCGCCAUGGAUGCCCUGAUCCAAAAAUUAGGCAUACCAUGGACCUUCCGAGUCUUAGGAAUAGCCAUGCUCGUUACCGGGCUUCCCGCAGCGUGGCUGAUUAAAGAGCGCGCUCCCAUCAAAACAACUACGUUCAUUGAAUGGAACCUUUUCCGGAGCUUCAAAUUCACGGUCCUGUUCCUCACAGGGGUGGUCGCUACUUUUCCUCUCUUCGUUCCUCCGUUCUUCCUCCCAUUAUAUAGCACUUCGCUUGGCCUUUCCCCAAGCGCUGGCGCCGGGCUUGUAGCCGGCUUCAACUUCUCGUCCGCAGUUGGACGUCUUGCCUGCGGGUUUGCGAGCGACCGCUUCGGGCCUCUGAACACCCUUCUCAUGUCGCUGCUACUUAGUUCACUCAGUAUGCUUGUAUUGUGGCCGGUAUCGACUACCUUAGGCCCUCUCAUAGCGUUCGUGAUCAUCAACGGUACUGGAAAUGGCGGAUUUUUUUCGACGAUACCAACGGUAGUAGGGAGGGUGUUUGGCUCCGCAAGAGUGAGUGUGGCGAUGGGAAUGAUGGUUACUGGAUGGGCAGGAGGCUACUUGAUGGGGGCGCCAAUUGCUGGAUAUCUCCUUGCUGCAUACGGCGGGGAACACAGUACAUUGAAGGCGUACCACCCAGCAAUCUUCUAUGCUGGUUCCAUGGCGUUUGGUGCGACGAUUUUGGCAGCUACAGUGCGGCUUAGUGUCAAUAGGAAUAUUCUAUUGAGUCUAUAGUGUAGUUAGGCUUAUUUGACAGAAUAUAUAUGCGAAUAUAUGCUUUAUUCUUCCC